AUGCGCGUGGUGGCUUUCCGCGGCCCUUACAAGGUCGCGGUGGAGGAACGGCCGGUUCCUCGGAUUCAGGACGCGAGGGAUGUGGUGGUUAAGGUGAAGUAUACGGCGCUUUGUGGGAGUGAUCUUCAUGUGUACCGGGGAAUUGAGCCGAGUGGGGAAGGGGUUGUGAUGGGACAUGAGGUUACCGGAGUGGUUGUUGAGGUUGGGGAUGAGGUGCGCUCGGUCAAGAAGGGAGAUUCGGUUGUGAGCGCUUUUACCACGUCUUGCGGCAAAUGCUGGUACUGCACUCAGGGACACUCUUCGCGAUGUGAGCAGAAUGUCCUGCUGGGAUGCGAUAACCUCGACGGCGCUCAGGCCGAAUAUAUUAGAAUUCCCAAUGCGGAUGGCACAGUGGUCAAGACCCCCGAAGGUGUUGAUGACAAGCUUCUGGUGCUUAUGGCCGAUAUUUUCCCUACGGGUUACUUCGCGGCGCGUAAUGCGUUCAAGGCAUCCAGCCCCGAGCAAAUUGCAGAGCAGACGGUCGUCCUCAUCGGCUGCGGGCCAGUCGGACUUUGUGCUCUGAUCAAUGCGCUCGAGUACAAACCUAAGCAUUUACUGGCGGUGGACUCGAUUCCCGCGCGACUUGAAUUAGCAAAGUCGCUCGGAGCCGAGCCCUGGAAUUUCCAGACCGACCGGGACGGUCUGGACAAGCGCGUCCAAGAGUUGACGGAUGGGCGCGGCGCAGACGCGGUCAUCGAGGUCGUGGGCUUGAGUCCGGCUUUGAGGACCGGAUUCGAUCUGCUGCGGCCCUUUGGUACCAUCAGCAGUGUUGGCGUGCACAAUGGCGAGAUUCCAUGGACUGGUAGUGAGGCUUACGGCAAGAACCUGACGGUCCACAUGGGACGAUGCCCUGUGCGUUCGGUUUCCGAGCAAGCCCUGCAAGUUCUGAAGAAAAACCAGCAUCUUCUUGGGUUCAUGACGGACAAGAUCAUGCCCCUUUCACAGGCGGUUGAGGCCUAUGAGCUCUUCAAUGCGAUGAAGGUACAGAAGGUCAUCUUUGAGGUCGAUAAAUAG